UCGUUUUGUUGUUGCUAUAGAACAUCGACACAACAUGGAAAAAAAAUUUGUGAAUUUGGCAGUUAUCUGUUGGUUGAUGGCGAGGCCGCUCUGAAUAAAGCGAUUUCAGAGCUUCGAGAAUACAAGAAAAGAAAUGAAAAUAUAAUAGCAGUUGACUGCGAAGGAAUCUCACUAAGCAGAAAAGGCCAACUUACAGUUUUGAUCAUAGCCACGAGAGAAAAGGUGUACUUGUUUGAUGUUUUGACCAUUGGAAAAUUUAUAUUCUGCUAUGGGCUGAAAGAAAUCCUGGAAGAUAAAGAACAAGAGAAGCUGAUGUUUGAUUGUCGUCAAGAUUCUGAUGCACUCUGGUAUCAAUUUAAUGUCAAACUGGCUGGAGUAUUGGAUCUGCAAUUGCUGGAAAUCAUGUACCGCCGUGAAUAUUCAACAUUUGGAGGUUAUUCUUCCAAUUCUGGACGGUCUAGCCGAUCAACACCAGUAGAGAAAAUCUACGGAUAUCGUCGUUGCCUGGAAUUGUAUGUUAGAGAUGCCAAAAUGGUUAAAAUGAAGGACGAUGGGGGACAGUUUUUUCAAUCAAAACCCACAGCUUGGAAAGAUCGACCAUUACCAAAAAUGCAGAUACAAUAUUGCGUUGUUGAUACAGUUAGAAUGUUUAAGAUCUAUGAAGCAUUGAGACAGAUGCUUAGCAUUCCUGAGAAAAGUCGUUUGAAGGUUGCGUCAGACAAGUGUUAUUACCGUGGCAAGAAACAUCGUACUUACGAUGGAUAUGAAAGAAACGCAUUUCUUCCAUUAGAUAUAAUUCCUGAAAAGGGAACAACAAGCUUUCCAUUGGCUAAGACUACUUGCAUUUUAUGCAAUCGAAAAUUUCCUAAUGCAGAGUUUUCUAGGGGUGAUCGUGAAUGCCGAGUAUGUAAAAAAGUCACACGUAACAAUGUCAGAAGAAGCUACUGCAACAAUUAUUUUUAAACACUUUCUUUAUCAAAUGCCAUGACUUACAUUUAACAUCGACAGAAUGACAGUUACCCGAUUAGCUAAAACAGUUAAAACGAUGUGUUUAAUAUAGGAUAUGAAAGUGUAAUGAGGUAAUCGGGUCAAAGUCACAUUAAUAAAGCAUUUUCUAUUCA